AUGCCCCACCCCGCGGCCGCGCGGCGGCUCUCGUGGCUGGCGGCGGCGGCCAGCGCCGCGGCGAGCGUCGUCGAGGCGGGGCCGGCGCAGCUCCGCCUGUGCGCACGUGCGGGCCUCGCGCUGGCGUUCGCCGCCUCGCUGUUUGCGAGGAGGUGGUGGGCGAGGCCGCGACGUGGCGCCUCCGGGCAGGCGGUGUCCGCUUCGAGGGCGCUCUGGGUGCUCGCGGUGGCGGGCAUGCUCGCCCACUCCUGUCGCGCGCUGGCUUCUGGAGCAGUCUCCGAUUCGACCCUGACCGCAGGCAUAGCUCCGGUGAUGCUCGCAGGGUACACCACGCCCCGAACCCAGCGCAUGACGCUGAUCACUGUGGGUUGCGGUUCUGCAGUGGCCGCCUCCGCGUUGGCGGGCGGCUCUCUCAGCGUCGCCGUGGUGAUACUCUGCUUGGCCUGCUUAGCGCUGCGCGUGCAGAUUGCGGCGUGCUCAGCGCUGAAGACGCUCUAUUUGCAGGAACUCCGCAUGUCGAGCAAAGCGUACCACUUCUACGAGUUGCUUACGCGCAUGCUGCCUCCGCCGCUGGCGCGCCGCUACUUCAAGCACUGCCUCGGGGCUCCCAGCGCGGCAGAUGCCAUGGGCAUCCGGGUCUGCAUGGGCGAGCGGGUCUCCCAGUGCGGCGUGCUCUUCCUCGCCAUCCACGACUUUGACCAGCUCGUGGCCGGAGGCUCCCAGCGUGCGAUCGUCCGGUUCCUGAACACCUUCUUCUCCUCCCUCGACACGGCCUGCGACGCCGCUGGCCCCGCGGUGAUGAAGCUCGGGACCUACGGCGAGGUCUACGUGGCCGCCUGCGGCCUCCUGCCGGGCGACGGCGGCGCUGAGGAGGGGGGCGCCGAGGCGCGGCGCCUGCCCGAGGGCAUGGCGGCCCUCGCCGCGCUCGCGCGCACGGCCCACGACCUGGCCGGGCAGUUCCCCGUGCAGAGAGCAGGCCCGCCAGAGGAGGGGGGCGCCGAGGCGCGGCGCCUGCCCGAGGGCAUGGCGGCCCUCGCCGCGCUCGCGCGCACGGCCCACGACCUGGCCGGGCAGUUCCCCGUGCAGCUGCGUGCUGGGCUGCACUGCGGCCCCGUCGUGGCCGGCAUCGUGGGCGACCACCUGCCGCGCUUCCAGAUCUACGGGACGCUCUGCGUGUGUUUCGCAGUGCUCGAGGAGCCCCCCUUCUGGCCGUCCGACCAGGUGCUGGGCGACACCAUGAACCGCGCGGCGCGCCUCGAGCAGCACUGCCCCCCCGGGCAGGUGCUCCUCUCGGACGCGGCCGCCGACCUCCUCCGCGGCGCGGGCUUCGGCGUGGAGGAGCGGGGCCCGCUGUCGAUGUGGGGCCUCGGCGACAUCCCCGCGUUCCAGCUCCAGUGCCCGCCCCCCCCGCCCGCGGGGCCGCAGGCGCAGCAGGCGCCCAGGGCGCACUCCAAGGAGGGCCCCGCGUCGUGCGCGGGCUCCAGCGGCGGGGCCGAGAGCGCCGUCGUCGAGCCCUUCACGCCGGGCAGCGCGGUCAGCAGGUGCUCGAGCCUCGGCAUGAUGAGCGUGCCCUCCCUCGAGUCCUUGGGCUUCGCCUCCGAUUCCGACUCCGACUCCGACUGCCCCGAGGUCACGCCCUCGAAGACGCCCACCCAUUGGCUGUCCGAGGAGGAGCAGUUCGGGUUCGGGAGGGGCGCCGUCGCUGACGAGGAGGACAACGGGGGAGGCUCCGCUGACUUGGACGAGGACGGGGACCUCCCGCUGUCCAUCGAGCACUGCAGAAUGGGGAUCAUGCCCAAUGCCGAGAGGGACGAGUUCGAAACCGCCGUGAGGCAGCUGGAGGAGACGCUGCUCCAGCCGCCAGGGCCGAAAGCCGUCCGCGCCGGCCCGCCGGCCGAGGUGCUGCGGGCGGAGGCCGCGCGGCGCGCGGAGGCGCUGGCGUCGCCCCUGCUCUGGGCGCUCGCCCUGGUGCUCCUGCUGGCGCUGCGCUGCGGUGGCGCGGGCGGGGCCUCGGGCCUGCAGGCCUCCGCCGUGGCCGCUGCCGCGGCCCCGCGGCGGGCCUCGGGGCCCGCCUCGCACCUGGCCGCGGCGGCGCUGGCGGCAGGCUGCUUCUGGGCCGCCCACUGGGAGCAGGGGCAGGGCGCCGGCAGGCUGCCUGCGCCGCCCGCGCAGUCGCUGGUCGCCUGGGCGUGGCUGGCCCUGGGCGCCGCAGCGCACGUGCCGCUCGGAGUGGCGCGGGCGUCGUGCGCGGCGGGCCUCGCCGCGGCCGCCCUGCUGCGCGCGCCGGGCCCGGCGCUGGCCACGCUGUCGCUGGUGGCGCUGCAGCAGGCGGGGCGCGGGCUGGAUCGGCGGCGCCAGGUGGUGGAGCAGCUGGCGCUCCAGGCCCAGGAGCGCAUGAGGGCCGCCGCCGAGACGGUCAUGCCGCCCUCCGUCGUCUGCGAGCUCCGCAUGGCGAGGUUCGGCUCGCUGGGGCAGCGGCAGAACCCGUGCGUGUGGCACAGCUACCCGCUGGUCACGGUGCUGCAGACCGACCUCGCGGGAUUCACCGCGUUUUCCCACAUCAGGCGGCCCGAGGAGGUGCUCUGGGUCCUCAACUGCCUCUUCAGCGUCUUCGACAGCCUGGCCAAAGAGCACCACGUGUACAAGAUGGAGACCAUAGGUGACGCCUACGUCUGCGUCUCGGGGCUGCCAGACUACAACGACGGCAAGCACAGCGCUUGCCUGAUGCUGCUGGUGGCCACAGAGUUUGUGUCUGCCAUCGCGAGGUUCCAGGACAGCCACUCGCUGCCCAGGGAUCUCAGCCUGCGCGCAGGACUCCACUCUGGCCCGGGGGUGGGCGGCGUGGUCGGGACGGCCAUGCAGCGGUACCACCUCUUCGGGCAGACCGUGCGCAUCGCCGAGGUGCUCGAGGCCACCGCGCCCCGCAACGGCAUCCACCUCUCGGGGGCCACCCGGGACCAGUACGCCCUGGAGCUGGGCGGCGCCCUGCUCCCCGCGCCGACGCUGGCGGCCGCGAGGGCCCUCCGCUUCGAGGAGCUGAGACGGGCGGGCGGCCUCACGACCUCCAAGGGCGAGGCCAUCGGGCCGGAGGCCAUCGGCGGCCUCUCCACCUUCCUGGUGCGCCGGGCGGCCUGAGGGCCCCCGGCGCGCCGCCGCUCUGA